CAUGCCACACCAUAGAAGGUGAGCGAGAGAGAGCGAGGGGGGACGAGAUGCCCUACAGACCGUCUGGCUUUUUCUGCGACCGGCUCAUCCGCGAGCGAGAGCGUCGCGACGGCGAAGGCACCCUCAACAAGCCGCUGCGCUUCAACGGCCAGGACUUUGUCGCCCUGCGGCAAGAGUACGUCCAGCGCGGGACCCUCUUUGACGACGACUCCUUCCCGGCCAGCAUUGAGUCGCUGGGCUUCAGAGAGCUCGGACACAAGUCCAACAAGGUCAAGAACAUCGUUUGGAAGAGGCCCAAAGAAAUUAGCGAGAAACCACAGUUCAUUGUGGGCGGGGCCAGUCGCACUGACAUCUGCCAGGGUGAUCUCGGUGACUGCUGGCUGCUGGCCGCCAUAGCCUGCCUCACCCUCAACGAAAAGCUCCUCUACCGGGUGGUUCCUCCAGACCAGAGUUUGACGCAGGACUACGCCGGAAUCUUCCACUUCCAGUUCUGGCGCUAUGGCGACUGGGUGGACGUCGUCAUCGAUGACCGGAUCCCCACCUUAAACAACCAGCUGGUGUUCACAAAGUCAGCGGAGAGAAACGAGUUCUGGAGUGCCCUGCUGGAAAAGGCCUACGCAAAACUGCACGGCUCCUAUGAAGCCCUUAAGGGCGGCAACACCACCGAGGCCAUGGAAGACUUCACGGGUGGGGUGACCGAGUUUUACGAGAUGAAGGAGGCCCCCAAAGAUCUCUACAAGAUCAUGAAGAAGGCUCUGGAGAGAGGUUCCCUCAUGGGCUGCUCCAUUGAUGUGAGUUUUACGCAAUGUGGCGUGAUUUUUUUUUUUUUUGGAAUGCUUUGAGUAGAAGGAAGCCAGUCAGCCAUGAAGGUACGUUUGCUUUCGUCACUCCUUCUUCUUUGACUGUUAGAAUUGACUUUGGGAACACCGAUUUAACCACAAUUAUUGUUGUGAACAAAAGACACACUUGGUUACGUUUGCGUCCCUCAGUCCCUUGUCCCUGCUCGCUUCGAGACCCGGACUGCCACGGGUCUAGUGAAGGGCCACGCUUACUCUGUGACGGCGGUGGAGGAGUGUCGACCCUCGCAGCACAAAGAGACCAAAGUGCGACUCGUCCGUCUCAGGAACCCUUGGGGCCAGGUGGAGUGGAACGGACCCUGGAGCGACAACUCCAAGGAGUGGGCCGCACUAGCCAUGGCUGAGAAGGAGAAGCUACAGCACAAGAGCGCAGAGGAUGGAGAGUUCUGGAUGUCCUUUGAGGACUUCAAGAAGAACUACACAAAGAUCGAGAUCUGCAACCUCACGCCCGACGCCCUGGAGGACGACAAGAUCCACAAGUGGACCGUCUCUGUGAACGAAGGCCGCUGGGUUCGAGGCUGCUCGGCCGGAGGCUGCAGAAACUACCCUGAGACGUUCUGGACCAACCCUCAGUACCGCCUUCGUUUGCUGGAAGAGGACGACGACCCGGAGGACAGUGAGGUUGGCUGCACCUUCGUUGUGGCUCUAAUGCAGAAGAACAGGCGGAAAGAGCGCAGGACGGGUGCCAAUUUGUUCACCAUUGGCUUUGCCAUCUACGAGGUGCCGAAGGAGAUGCACGGCAACAAGCAACACAUGCCCAAGGACUUCUUCCUGGUCAAUUCAUCAAGGGCGCGCUGCAAGUCGUACAUCAACCUGCGCGAGGUCACCCAGCGCUUCCGGCUGAGUCCCGGAGAGUACGUCAUCGUGCCGUCCACGUACGAGCCCCAUCAGGAGGGCGAGUUCAUCCUGCGGGUUUUCUCCGAAAAGAGGAACACGUCAGAGGAGAUAGAGAACAGGAUUGAGGCCGACCAUCCCGUGCCCAUGCCAUCCUCAGCGGAGGAGGAGAACGAGGAGGACCAGCAGUUCCGGAUCAUUUUUCAAGAGAUUGCUGGCGACGACAUGGAGGUCACGGCCAACGAGCUGAGAAAGGUUCUCAACAGAGCCAUGAGCAAGCACAAUUACUUGAGUACAGAGGGCUUCAGCCUGGAGAGCUGCAGGAGCAUGAUAGCUCUGAUGGAUAUGGACGGAACAAGCCGCCUCAACUUUCAGGAGUUCCGCCAUCUAUGGAAUAAAAUCAAACAAUGGCAGGAAAUCUUUCAGCACUACAACCCCAAUCAGUCGGGCAGCAUCAACAGCUACGAGAUGAGGAACGCUGUCAACGAUGCAGGCUUCCGCCUCAACAACCAGCUGUAUGACAUCAUCACCAUGCGCUACGCCAACGAGAGCAUGAACAUCGACUUCGACAGCUUCAUCAGCUGCCUGGUCCGCCUCGAGGCCAUGUUCAGGGCGUUUCAGGCGUUCGAUCAGGAUGGCGAUGGUACAAUCCGACUCAGUGUACUGGAGUGGCUCCAGUUGACCAUGUACGCCUAAGGAAAAGUGCCGCGCAUGGACCAGACCUGCCAAGACUUUACCUCAUGACCUCCCGUGCCGCUUCUCAUCUUCCUCCUCACUCAAUUCAGGACAUUUGUAUCGAUUUUGUGUUUCGUCCUACUUCCAUCCCCAACCCGCCUCAAGAAAUCACUCAACCACAGAGACACCUUUCCUCCCAUCCCACCAACACUUCCUCCUCAGUUCCGGCCAUUUGCAUCUCUUCUGUACUUUUGUUCUUUUUCCCCUCAACCCGCCCAAAGAAAUCAUUCUCUUUUGUCAUUUUCAUUCAUGGAGACACAUUUGCUCCCCCCGUUUCCGGACAGGCCUUUUACAUCUACUUUGUGCUUUUGUCCUCUUACCACCCCUUACAUUUUUCACUCUUUCCACAUCAUUCUGCCAUCAUUUCCUCCACACCACCUCUUCCUCCACUGUGCAUCCCAUUUGCAUCUACGGAGACCCCUUUCCUUCCUGCCACCUUUUUUUCACUCAGGCAUCACACACACACAACGACCUCUUUUGACGUCUGUCACCAUACCUCACAGAGCCUCACACAGACACAAAAAACAUUACCUGUAGGUGAGGACUCACAGUGGACAAAGUUGUUAAACGAUUUUUUUUUUUUUUUUUUGGUUCAUACCGUUUUAGGUUCCCCUCAGUAAUUGAAGAAGAGAAUACGGCUAGAAAAGGUUGGACUGCUGCUUUUUUGUUGUUGUUGUGAUUUUGCUAUUUAAGGCUUUGGUCAAAUGAGUGUAAUGCAUUUUUAGAAGCAUUUUAUCCCCACCAAUAUAUCAGUAACAUGUUUUAAGUAACACGCUUGACAAUGUUCACAAAGCGUUUCGGACAGUAGACCUCUACAAAGGCCAUUUUAAUGUUAAAAAUGUAAUAAAAUUAUAUUUCA